CAUUCCUGCCUUUUACGGGAAGGUGCGGGCACCAGCAGGCUUGGGGCGCUGCUCAGGAGUCCCGCCUUUUGCCUUGGGACCCAAGGGGCGAGUCGAGGUGUUUUGGGGACCGCUGGGCUCCUUUCCUGCCAGAAGCUCAGGAGAAAGGACCCUGCUCGCUCAAAGUGGCCUACACGGCUCCCCCUUUCCCGCUCCACUUUGUUUCCCUCCGCCCGGGGAAUCGUUUGGACACUGCGCCCCUCUCUCUCUUCUGCCUUCUCCGCUCCGCAGGCCGCUUCCCCCCCGCCCCCGGGGAAGCUGAUCGCACGGCGGCUGCCCGCGCCCUGUUCUGGUGCUGCUCUUGCCCCGCUUUCAGCGCCCGUGGUGAUGCCAUGCCCCGCAAGCCCAGCGGAGGAGACGAGGGCAGCUCCGCCGGGCUCUGGAUGAAGAGCAGCCGCGCGGGCAGCGGCAUGAAGGAUGUGGAGGCCGGCCGCAGCAGGGUGCUCAUGAACUCGGCCUCCAGAGGGGACGGCUUGCUCCUGCUGGGCACCGGUAGCGCCAUCGGCCGAGGCGGCUCGCGGGAGAACCGGCGGGGGAAGCAAGGGGGAGCCCGGAUGAGCCUGCUGGGGAAGCCGCUGUCGUACAACAGCAGCCAGAGCUGCCGGAGGAACGUCAAGUACCGGAGGCUGCAAAACUAUCUGUACAACGUACUGGAGAGACCGCGCAGCUGGGCGUUCAUCUACCACGCGUUCGUUUUUCUUCUUGUAUUUGGUUGCUUGAUUUUGUCAGUGUUUUCUACCAUUCCUGAGCACGCAAAACUUGCCUCUCGUUGCCUCUUCAUUCUGGAGUUUGUCAUGAUUGUUGUGUUUGGUUUCGAAUAUAUCAUUCGCAUCUGGUCAGCUGGCUGCUGUUGUCGCUACCGAGGAUGGCAAGGAAGAUUGCGAUUUGCAAGGAAACCAUUCUGUGUAAUCGACACCAUUGUUCUCAUCGCUUCAAUAGCAGUUGUUUCUGCAAAAACUCAGGGUAACAUUUUUGCAACAUCAGCACUGAGAAGUCUUCGUUUCCUACAGAUCCUUCGUAUGGUGCGCAUGGACCGAAGAGGAGGGACUUGGAAAUUAUUAGGUUCAGUAGUUUAUGCACAUAGCAAGGAAUUAAUCACAGCCUGGUACAUAGGAUUUUUAGUACUUAUCUUUUCCUCUUUCCUUGUCUAUCUGGUGGAAAAAGAUGCAAAUACCCAGUUUUCUACGUAUGCAGAUGCUCUCUGGUGGGGCACAAUCACAUUGACAACAAUUGGCUAUGGAGACAAAACUCCUCUUACUUGGCUUGGAAGGCUGCUUUCUGCUGGGUUUGCUCUACUUGGAAUUUCUUUCUUUGCGCUACCUGCUGGCAUUCUUGGCUCAGGCUUUGCAUUAAAAGUACAAGAACAGCAUCGUCAGAAACAUUUUGAGAAAAGAAGGAAUCCAGCUGCCAGUUUAAUUCAGUGUGUAUGGCGUAGUUAUGCGGCUGAUGAGAAAUCGGUUUCCAUUGCUACCUGGAAGCCUCAUUUGAAGGCCUUGCAUACCUGCAGCCCUACAAAGAAAGAACAAGGUGAAACUUCUAACAGUAAGCUUUGUAGUAAUAAACAGAAGCUCUUCAGGAUGUACAGCUCUCGGAAACAUAGCCAGAAGUUAAGUUUUAAAGAGCGGGUACGAAUGGCUAGCCCAAGAGGGCAGAGUAUUAAGAACAGGCAGGCAUCAGUUGGAGAUCGACGGUCACCAGGUACUGACGUUACUGCAGAGAGCAGCCCAACCAAAGUGCAAAAGAGCUGGAGCUUCAAUGACCGAACUCGUUUCAGACCUUCACUGCGUCUGAAGAGUUCUCAGCCAAAACCAGUGGCUGAUGCUGACACCACUCUUGGAACAGACGAUGUUUGUGAUGAGAGAGGAUGCCAAUGUGAUGUAUCAGUAGAAGAUCUCACGCCAGCACUUAAAACCAUCAUUAGAGCUAUCAGAAUCAUGAAAUUUCAUGUUGCAAAGAGAAAGUUUAAAGAGACAUUACGUCCAUAUGAUGUAAAAGAUGUAAUUGAACAGUAUUCAGCUGGUCACCUUGAUAUGUUGUGCAGAAUAAAAAGCCUUCAGUCCCGCGUUGACCAGAUUCUUGGAAAAGGACAAAUCACAACAGAUAAGAAAAGUCGAGAAAAGAAUACUGCAGAGAAUGAGACAACUGAUGACUUUAGUAUGUUAGGGCGUGUAGUCAAGGUGGAGAAGCAGGUACAAUCCAUAGAGUCAAAACUGGACAGCCUGUUAGAUAUAUAUCAACAGGUCUUAAGGAAAGGAUCUGCAUCAGCGCUCACUUUGGCUUCAUUUCAAAUGCCAUCUUUUGAAUGUGACCAGACCUCUGAUUAUCAAAGUCCUGUAGAUAGCAAAGAUUUAUCUAGUUCUGCACAAACUAGUGGAUGUGUAUCCAGAUCAGCUAGUGCCAACAUGACUCGUGGCCUACAGCUUAUACUGACACCAAAUGAAUUUAGCACUCAGGCUUACUAUGCUUUUAGUCCAACUAUGCAUAGUCAAGCAACACAGGUGCCAAAUGAUGAACCUGCAACAGUAAUAACUAAUAACACAUCAAACCAAAUAAACCAGGCAACUAAGCCAACAACACCAACAACAUUACAAAUACCACCUUUCUCCUCAGUCAAGGAUGCCAACUGGCCUGAGCCUCUUCAUAUUAUUCCUGCAACUACACAGGAAAAUAUUUCUGAUGUCACCGCUUGCCUUGUUGCUUUAAAGGAUAAUGAACAAGUUGCACAGUCCAAAGUAACAAAGGAUCUUUCCUGGAGAAAAAACCUUGAUACAGAAGGGGAACCCUUGGUCUCAGUUAAACCAGUAGUGCAAAUGGAUUUAGGAAAAUCUUUAUCUGUACAAAACCUUAUACAAUCAUCUGAAGAACUGAAUGUACACAUUGCUGGGAGUGACUCCAGUGGCUCAAGAGGGAGCCAGGAAGUGUACUCCAAAUGGAGGGAGUCAAAAUUAUUUAUAACAGAUGAAGAGUUGGAAGCAGAGACAAAAACAGAGGCUUUUGAAAGCAUCUCUCGCUCAUUAGUGGAAACAGCUCUUUCUACUGACUCUCUAAGGACUGGAAUAUCAAGAUCAUCUCAAAGCAUUUGCAAGCCAGGGGACAGUACAGAUGCACUCAGCUUGCCUCAUGUCAAACUUAAAUAACAAUUUAUGAGUUUUCUUCAUUGGCUGAGUAAUUCCUUUAGUCAUACAUAUCAUAGCAUGAACUCUUUUUAAAGUCUUUUUAAUAAGAUAAAAUUGCAAGAAUCAGGAAGAAUCUGAAAGGCAGUUGUAUGAGCCCAUAUCUUCUAGUUGCAUGAAAAUGCAUGCUUAAGUGACAGCUAAAAUUCAGAUUUAUACCUAAUGUACAUCACUUUUAUGUAGUACAGUAGGUGUAAAUAAUGAGUAAUCUACAAAGUUAAUACUGCAGACUGUCAGAAAGCAAAGAUCUGAGCAUUUAGAAAUAGGGUUGUUUCUACAAUACAGAAGUAAAAAUCAUAAGAUUUAAAGCACUUUGCUUCUGGAUUAAUUAAAAAUAUAUAUGUCCUGAAUUAGACAAUAGUUUAUGUUUACAAGAAAAAUAUUAUCUACAGCUGCUAGCAAGGUAUCAAGGAAACUAGUAAUAUGGGACUAGAAAUGGCUGCUAGUUGCAAGAUACACACAUUAACUCAUCAUUAAUCAGUUAUUUUAACACUCUCAGCUUUAGAAUGUUAAUUUCUGUAAUAUUUUUGGUGAUUUAGUGCUGUGGCAAAGUACUUUGCACACCACUUUCAGGUUCUUUAUGAUAAGAACCUUCUUUUGCUAUGAAAUGUACAAAUUCAAAGGAUAAGGGCUGGCCUUAGAGAUGGAUAAUCUGGACUACUGCACCAAAAAUUCAGGGGCAGCUUUCCUUCCCCCAAACUUGCUGAUAUCACUGCCCUUCCUGUGGAUCUGAAGCAUUCUGGAAGCAGAAUCAACAGGAGAGGAGAGGGCACUGCCUUUAUUAUAGAAGUAAUUCUUUCUGCCCUGAAGGUGGCACUAUGCUUCACAAUUGCACCCUGAUACUCCAUGAUACUGUGUCAGAAGUCUGUGAAGGAAGUGAAAAUGGUAACGUGGGAUAUUGAAAGCAGAGGGUAAAACAAAGGGGAUAAGGGAAGAGAGAGAGACUACAGAAGGGGUGAAGAGGAAAAAAGAGAAUAUGAUAAGCAAAGGAGAAUAUGAAU